UUCACGCUCCGCUCAGGUUCCUCUGCGGAUUAUUCCUCAUUUCACAAAAGAUGGAUUUUAAACUCUGGAUCUCCGCGCUGUGCGUGACGCUCUGCGCAGCUCUGUGUGCGCCAGCCGCAGAGACGCGCUCCGCCGCACCUGCCAGUGCGCAGCGCCAUGUGCGCAACAAGCGCUGCUCCUGCGCAACGUUCCUCGACAAGGAGUGCGUCUACUUCUGCCACCUAGACAUCAUCUGGGUCAACACACCUGAGCGCGUGGUCUCCUACGGACUCGGGAACGCGCCCCGGGCCAAGCGCGACCUGUCGGUCUCCACGGCAAACGCGCGCGCGCCCAGAUGUCGGUGUCUGAGUGGAAAUGACAGCAGCUGCGUGAAAUUCUGCCUCAGAUCAGAGUUGGCGACGGGCGCGCGCAUGCGCUCUCCAGGUCACGCGCGGACAGAAGACACGGGCGAACCCGACAGGCCUGAGGGUGUCAGCGCCGCUAGCCGGGUCCAGCCCGCCGUGUUCGGAGCGGUCCGGCGGAUUCGCCUGCUGCUGGAGAAAUGGCCGGCGCGGCGGCGUCACCGGGCCAGAGCAAGGCAAGGCCACAGCGCCGCAUCCUAAACGGACGCAUCCCCUCAGAGUUCAGACUGAAACACACGGCAGCAGGGCCGUAACGGGAGCUGAGCGGCGCCGGGGGCCGGGGGCCGGGGGCCGACACCACCUGGACCCGAUUCCCACAGAGCAAACAGAGACUCACACCUUCAGGGAUCCCAGCCGCAGUCUCACGGGAAACAUGGAGAAACCUCAAUAUUUCCUGGUCAAAGACACAAAUCGUCAAUUUUUAUGACUCAAAAGAGACAAAAUAAUAAUAAUAUUUGGAAUAAUUUCAUCAAAUGUUUGAGGAAGCCAAGAAGUGAGAGCCGCACCAAACGUAGGAGAAAUCGAGAUUCAGAGAAGAAAAUCUGAUUUUCAUCCUGAAAGCUUUUUUUCAUCUACUUGUUAUUUUUACAGUGUGAAUCAUGUUGAAAGUUUAAAUAGUUUGUAUUUUUUUAAAACAAAAGCUGUUUAUUUAAUUUCUUUUUCAUUUUGUCUGAAAUGUAUUUAAAGUCUAAAAAAUGUAAAGUAACUGAAGUGUUUAAAUCUAAAAUCUGCUGGAAACUGUUCCACAUUUCCCCGAUCCGCUCCAUGUUUUCCCGAUCCGCUCCAUGUUUUCCCGAUCCGCUCCCUGUUUUCCUGAUCCGCUCCAUGUUUUCCCGAUCCGCUCCUCGUUUUUCCGAUCCACUCCCCGUUUUUCCGAUCCACUCCAUGUUUUCCGUUUUGAGGCCAUUUUUACCUGGAAAACGACUCGGACUUUGAAAGAAGCAUUUCAAAAGAAACGCAGGAAGAGGAGCUGAGGUGAUGAUGAUGAUGAAGGUGCUCCGGGUUUCCUCGGACUCGACUGAAACCAGAACCGCUGGACUUUUUUCUCUUCACUCCUGUAAUUUAUGUUUUCCUCUGUUUAUUUAUUAAUUCCUGUGGAGGCCAUAUUGGUCCGUCUCAUGUUUGUCGGGUUCAUUUCUGUGAAAUGGUGCCGAAUUCUGGCCAAUAAAUUUAUUUAUCACCAACA